UCACUUACACAUCCUUCCUUGCAUUUCGGGGAGUAAAAGUAAGAAGUGGAAGAGAGUCUGGGAGAGAGAAAGUGUGAAUCCAAAAAUCUCUCUCUCUCUUUCUCUCUGCUCUCUCUAUCACUCCUCCCGACUCAAUGGGUCCUUAGCGUCAUCUUUAUUAGCUUUAAUUACUAAGUUUUAUGUAAAAGUUGAAAAAAAAGCAUCACCAAAGCUUGGAAACUAUGGAUAUUCGGAUGAAACGAAGACCGUGGAUCCCAGACCCUUUAUCCCACCUGCUAAGUGCUGUGUUCGUCCUGUGCCUAAUUCUCCAGGCACAAGCAGAUCCAGUUGAUGUUUUGCGGGUUCUCCAGCUUCCUUCACUCCCUGAAGGUGUCCAGAAGGUUCCAGGCUUUUGUGUCUCUCAGCACGCUGGUACUGAUCAUGCGUACCGCAUCAGUAAGAAGGCCCAAAUCUCUGCUCCAACCAAGCAACUCUUCCCAGGUCGUUUCCCAGAGAACUUCUCCAUUAUGACCACAGUGAAGGCCAAGGCUGGCCUUCAAGCCUUCCUAUUGUCCAUUUACAGUGAACAGGGCGUGCAGCAGCUGGGACUGGAGCUGGGACGCUCCCCCAUUUUCCUGUAUGAGGACCAGAGCCGCAUGCCUCCUCCAGACAAAUACCCAUCAUUCAAAGGCAUCAACCUGGCUGAUGGCAAGUGGCACCGCAUUGCUAUCUCUGUACAGAAGAAAAAUGUUACGCUUCUCAUUGACUGCCAGAAGCAGAUAACAAAACCCCUUCCAAGAAGUAACAAACCAGUGGUGGACAACAAAGGCAUCACUAUCUUUGGUACUCGUCUGUUGGAUAAUGAAGUCUUCCAGGGUGACAUCCAGCAGCUGCUGUUUGCUUCCAACCCUCAAGCGGCUUACGACUUCUGUGAGCAUUACAGUCCCAAGUGUGAUUCUCGUCCCGGGAUUCAGGCACAGGAUCCCAACACUUUUGUGCAUGAGACGGUGAUGGGUGAGGAGGUAGAAGAGGCCAAAGACGGUGGUGAGAUGGGGUCUCAGACAAAAGCUGAGGAGUCUGAGCCCAGAGACUUUGGAAUGGAGGAAUAUGAUUAUUCCUACAAGGACUACAAUGAACCUGCUCCUGAGGGAGAGACUGGUGGUGACAUAGGCCAAACCUUGGGUGCUGUCACGGAUGAGGGAGGUGCUACUGCGAUGGGCCAAAAGGGACAGAAGGGAGAGCCUGCUGUCCUAGAAUCUGGCAUGCUGAUUGAGGGACCACCAGGACCUGAAGGACCAACAGGUCUCCCUGGCCCUUCAGGUCCUUCAGGACUGCCAGGCUCCGUGGGUGAUCCAGGUGAAAGGGGUCCAUCCGGGAGACCAGGUCUGCCUGGAGCUGAUGGGGUCCCUGGACCUCCUGGGUCAUCUAUCAUGCUUCCAUUCAGACUUGGACAAAGUGGUGGGGACAAAGGUCCCAUUGUCUCAGUACAGGAGUCCCAGGCUCAGGCCAUUCUGUCUCAUGCUCGGUCAGCUUUGACGGGUCCACCUGGACCAAUGGGUUUUACAGGUCGAUCCGGACCCCUGGGCUCGCCUGGCAGCCAAGGUAUAAAGGGAGAGAGUGGAGACCCUGGUCCACAGGGUCUCAGAGGUCCUUAUGGAAUAGCUGGACCUCCUGGUAAACCUGGUAGAAGAGGCCGACCUGGUGCUGAUGGAGCUCGUGGAAUGCCAGGAGAGACGGGAUCUAAGGGAGAUCGUGGUUUUGAUGGGUUGCCUGGUCUGCCAGGAGACAAAGGUCUUCGGGGAAAUCCUGGAGCAAUGGGACCACCAGGAUCCCAAGGAGAGGAUGGAGAGAGAGGAGAUGAUGGAGAUGUUGGGCCCAGAGGACUCCCAGGUGAAACAGGGCCUCGUGGGUUGCUGGGACCUAAGGGACCCUCAGGAGUUUCUGGACCUCCAGGUGUGCGUGGAAAUGAUGGACCUCAUGGGCCAAAAGGAAGCUUGGGACCUCAAGGAGAGCCAGGUCCUCCAGGCCAGCAGGGAACUCCAGGAACACAGGGAAUGCCUGGUCCUCAAGGUGCUCAUGGUCCCCCAGGAGAGAAGGGACCUACAGGAAAGCCAGGUCUGCCUGGCAUGCCUGGAGCUGAUGGCCCCCCUGGUCACCCAGGAAAAGAAGGUCCAUCUGGAACGAAAGGAAAUCAGGGUCCUAGUGGUCCUCAGGGUGCUAUUGGCUAUCCUGGACCUCGUGGAAUCAAGGGGAUUCAAGGUAUCCGUGGAUUGAAGGGUCAUAAAGGAGAGAAGGGAGAAGAUGGGUUUUCUGGAAUCAAGGGUGAUUUUGGCCCUAAAGGAGAAAGGGGAGAGUUAGGAUUACCAGGUCUCAGAGGAGAGGACGGGCCUGAGGGUCCAAAAGGGCGUGUUGGUCCCCCUGGAGAUAUUGGACCACUUGGCCUUAUUGGAGAGAAGGGUAAACUCGGUGUGCCUGGUCUGCCUGGCUAUCCUGGAAGACAAGGACCUAAGGGCUCACUUGGUUUCCCAGGAUUCCCUGGUACAAAUGGAGAGAAAGGCGCAAGGGGUCUAACUGGAAAACCUGGACCAAGAGGACUGAGAGGACCAACAGGGCCCAGAGGACAGAGAGGACUUCGAGGUUCGACUGGAAAAUCGGGUGCUAAGGGUUCGUCUGGUGGUGACGGCCCUGCUGGCCCACAAGGCGAGAGGGGAUUACCUGGAGCUCAAGGAGUAAAUGGAUUUCCAGGACCAAAGGGACCUCCUGGACCUCCAGGGAAAGAUGGAUUGCCUGGCCACCCUGGACAGAGGGGAGAAGUUGGAUUCUCAGGCAAGUCUGGGCCUCCUGGGCCACCUGGAGUUGUUGGACCUCAGGGUCCUUCUGGAGAGACAGGCCCAUUGGGAGAACGGGGCCACUCUGGACCACCUGGACCACCAGGUGAGCAAGGCCUACCUGGCCCAUCAGGCAAGGAAGGAACCAAAGGUGAUCCUGGUCCCACUGGGGGUCCAGGAAAAGAUGGACCACCUGGAUUGAGAGGCUUCCCUGGAGAGAGAGGACUUCCUGGAAUUCCUGGUAGUGGUGGACUGAAAGGAAAUGAAGGCCCAGCAGGACCACCUGGACCAGCUGGAUCUCCAGGUGAGAGAGGCUCUGCAGGUACAGCUGGCCCCAUUGGCCCCCCUGGAAGACCUGGACCUCAGGGACCCCCUGGAGCCGCAGGAGAGAAAGGAGUGCCUGGAGAGAAGGGUCCAGUUGGUCCAGCUGGUCGUGAUGGCAUUCAAGGUCCAGUUGGGCUUCCAGGCCCUGCUGGACCUGCCGGUGUUCCAGGAGAGGAUGGUGACAAAGGUGAGGUUGGAGAGCAUGGGCAUAAGGGUGCAAAGGGAACCAAGGGAGAACAUGGUCCUCCUGGUCCUCCUGGGACUGUUGGUCCUGUUGGACAGCCUGGUGCUCCUGGUGCUGAUGGUGAAACAGGUGCCAGAGGUCAGCAAGGUGCAUUUGGUGCUAAAGGCGAUGAAGGAACUAGAGGAUUUCCUGGUCCUCCAGGCCCAAUUGGGCUACAGGGACUGCCAGGCCCAGCAGGAGAGAAGGGUGAAACAGGAGAUGUUGGAGCACUGGGUCCUCCUGGACCUCCUGGACCCCGUGGCCCAGCAGGCCCAAGUGGUGCUGAUGGUCCUCAAGGUCCCCCUGGAGGUUUAGGUAACCCAGGUCCACCUGGAGAGAAGGGCGAACCUGGUGAAACUGGACCAUCUGGAAUUGGUGGAGAGCCAGGAAAGAAGGGCCCAAGAGGAGAACAUGGUGAGAAAGGUGAGGCUGGUCAGCCGGGUAUCUCUGGUCCUCCAGGUGGAAAGGGACCAACUGGAGAUGAUGGACCAAAAGGAAACCCCGGUCCUGUCGGUUUCCCUGGUGAUCCUGGUCCCCCUGGAGAAGUUGGGCCUAGAGGCCAAGAUGGAGCAAAGGGAGACAAAGGAGAAGAUGGUGAACAAGGAGAGGCAGGCUCACCUGGUCCUCCUGGUGAAAAUGGACCCCCUGGGCCACCAGGAAAAAGAGGCCUGCCAGGCACAAGAGGACCUGAAGGUCGUGAAGGAGAGAAGGGAGGCAAGGGAAAUCCAGGUGCUGUCGGGGCACCAGGAAAGACGGGCCCUGUUGGGCCACAAGGUCCUCCUGGAAAGCCAGGAACAGAGGGUCUGAGAGGACUUCCUGGUUCAGUGGGAGAACAAGGUGCUCCUGGAUCUGCAGGAGAGAAAGGACCUUCUGGACCCAUAGGUCCUUCUGGUUUGCUAGGUCUGCGUGGUGACCCUGGGUCUAAGGGUGAGAAGGGACAUUCGGGUAUGAUCGGUCUGAUUGGACCUGCAGGUGAGCAGGGAGAAAAAGGAGACAGAGGCUUACCUGGCCCUCAAGGAUCAUCUGGACCCAAAGGAGAAAAUGGUAUGGCUGGUGGAACUGGCCCUCUGGGACCUGCUGGUCAUCCUGGUUUGCCAGGCCAGAGGGGUGUUAAAGGAGCAAAGGGUACUAUGGGUGGUGCUGGUCCCAAAGGAGAGAAAGGUGUACAAGGGGCUCGUGGACCCCCUGGACCUCCUGGUGAUGUCAUCCAGCCUCUCCCUUUUACGAUCCCGAAAAAGUCCAAGCGUUCCAUUGAUGCCAGUAUGAUGCUCUCUGAGAAUGAUGAGGCUGCCCCAGCUGAUACCACAGGUAAUGGAUUUCUGACUGGCAACGAAGACAUGGAGGAGAUCUUGGGCUCUCUGAAUUCCCUACAUGUCGAAAUUGAGAGCAUGCGUUUCCCACUUGGAACGAAGGAAAGCCCAGCCCGCACGUGCCACGACCUCCACCUCAGUCAAUCAGAAUACAAAGAUGGUGAAUACUGGAUUGAUCCAAACCAGGGCUGUUCUCGGGACUCUUUUAAGGUUUACUGCAACUUUACAGCAGGUGGAGAGACCUGCCUCUAUCCUGCCAGGGAAGUGGAGAAUGUAAAGAUGAAGUCUUGGCCAAAGGAGAAGCCUGAGUCGUGGUACAGCAUGUUUGCUGAAGGAAGCAAGCUUUCUUAUGUGGAUGCAAACGGUGAGGAUGUGGGAGUGGUGCAGCUGGGAUUCUUGCAGCUUCUCAGCCUUCAGGCUCGUCAAAACUUCACCUAUCACUGCCACCACUCAGUGGCCUGGACUGAUAAAACUGCUGCCAACAGAUAUCAGAGAGCCCUGCACUUCCUGGCUGCUAAUGAAGACGAGCUCAGUCAUGAGACCAGUCCCUAUAUCAAGGCACUCACAGAUGACUGUUCUUAUCGUAAAGCAUAUGGUAGGACAGUUUUGGAGAUAAACACACCUCAGGUUGAGCAGCUUCCUAUCAUGGACAUCAAGAUCACAGACAUUGGGGAAACCAAUCAGAAGUUUGGUUUUGAAGUUGGACCUGUCUGUUUCCUGGGAUAAACAA